AAGAAGACUCCAUAGCCCACAGAGAGCAGCUGCUGCAAGAGAGAUCGAUGCUCUGUCUUUUAUUCUCCCAUCAAAAUGUGCAAACGGGACAGCGCUGCCUUCGUACGGGGUUGCAUUCGCUGAAGGAGAGUUUUGCGCCCGCUGUCAUCCAUCCCUCGCCCCUGUCGCGUUACUGAAGCUGCUGGGGCCUGAUCCUGCAGCUGCCACAUCGGCGCUAUGUCGGCAAAUAAAACAAAGAAAGUCAAAAUGGCCACCAAAUCUUGCCCUGAGUGCGACCAACAGAUUCCGGUGGCUUGUAAGUCAUGUCCCUGCGGGUUUGUUUUUAUCAGCCGCAAACUCCUGACGGCCAGGUUAAAUGAGCGCCCCUCCUCCCCAGGACUAGCAGAUCAACUGGAGUCGAAGCGACGGCGAACUGAGCGCAUUCGUAAAGACCGUAUCGAGGCUCUGCCUAGUGACAUGGAGAACCGGAGGAGACCUCGACCCAGCUGUCAGGGAGACCCCAUCCGCAGGGGCCGAGGGAGACCCAAGACUGUGGGCCUCAAGAAGGUGGAGGAUGACAGAGAGAAACAAGAGAAGGAGGUGGACAUGUACGCCAGCCUCUCAGAUGAGAAAGCCUUUGUGUUUUCUGUGGCUUUAGCCGAGAUCAACCGCAAGAUCCUGGGACAGAGACUGAUCAUGUGACAUCCGCUUCUGCUGGAAUCCAUACCCAGGAUUAUAAUUUUUAUUUGAAUAUUUAGUUUUUCUCCACAGAAUACCAAAAAGGACUGGACUGAGUGGAAAUAGUGCCCUUUUUGCUGUUUUUGACACAAAUGCCUGCAAAAUAACUAAGACUUUUGAGACUUUAUUCUUGGGGAUGUACUGUAGGAACACAUGCUGAACUCUAAUAAACAUAUAUUUUUGUGCA